CGGAAGGCGCGGCACCGCUUCUUGUUCCCGUGCCGCGACCAUCGUUCGUCGCUGCGUAGUUCACUCUCCUCCUCGUAUUUCUUUUUUCUAAGAACAAAAACCACACCUAAGAACCUUUAAACAAAACCAAUUCACCCCAUACCCACACAUUAUCUAUCAUGGUUGACCCAACAACCGAAACAUGCCCAGAAUUCGCAGGCGCACUUUACGCCGGCAUACGCACCGACUUAAUAGCAGCCACAGGUCAAACAGAGCAAGAAGUCAUAGACCGUUUAGUAGACACCUGGAACGCAGGACACGAAGAGAGAGUACUUGCAUGGGAACAACAGCAAGAGAACGAGGCACUUGCAGUCGCCAACGCUGAGAGAGCUCGCGUAGCGCAAGAAGAAGCAGAGCACGCCCUACAGGAGGCGGAAGCGCAGAGGGAGCGCGCAGAGGCAGAGAAGAAGAAACCGAAAAUGAAUGGAUUCAAGGAAGCCUCAACAGUAGGAGACUUCCUGGCUCCCCGUCCCUCCCAAUACGCAGUUCAAAAGCUCACUAACUUUGAAUACGUAGAGUUGUGGUACUUCUCCCCCGACAGAUGCAAGGAAGCCCUCAAGACUUCGAGAUCCGUCGCGGACGACUACGGUCUAACCAAGGUGGACGACCAGCUCACCAUUUGUCCAGCGUCAGCCUUCAAAGCCUUGAAGGCAGCACUAGCAGAUCACGACCUGCCGUUCUCGGUUUUCCUACGAGCGAAGAACAUGUUCCUCGUGCAAAUCAGCCAGGCCAAGUGGCCCCAAACCCACAUCGACGCUCUCUCGCUUUUCUACUGGCACCUCGAAAACCACGCGGUUCGCAACCACAGCGACAUCGGAGACAUGGUGAUCCUCAACUACGCCUCAAGGCGAAGAAUUAUGGGAUAA